CCCCCCAGGCUGGCCCGCGGCGACCUGACGCUCCACGUGCACCUUGAGGACCACCUGGACAUCAUCUGCCCGCAUUACGACCCCGGGCGGCCGGCCGCGAUCCAGGAGCGCUACGCGCUGUUCCUGGUGAGCGCCGCCGAGCACCGCGCAUGCGCGCCGAGCUCCGCCGAUCAACUACGCUGGCGGUGCGAGCGGCCGGCGGCGCCGCACGGGGCCGAGCGGUUCAGCGAGAAGUUCCAGAGGUUCACCGCCUUCAGCCUCGGCAAGGAGUUCAGGGAGGGGAGCAGCUACUACUACAUCUGUGAGGGG